AUGGCGACCUCAUACAUACUGAUCAAGAACGCGACGGUGAUUUCGAUGGAGGGUGCGGGGCACAAUGUCGUCGACAAAUGCGAUAUUCUGAUCGAAAACGAUCGGAUCAAAGCUGUUGCAAAAGGCAUUCCUGAGCCAAACGAGGGAGACGGCACGAUAAUCGAUGGGAUCGAUUGCAUAGUCACGCCCGGCUUCGUCGAUGGCCACCACCACAUGUGGCAGCACCUCCUGCGAGGCCUGACGGUCGACUGGUCGCUGUACGGCUACUGCUGCCACCUCCGCAGCGUCUAUGGGAGUCUAUAUACACCGGAGGAUGUCUAUUUUGCCAAUUACGCAGCGGCUCUAAGUCUCCUCAACAACGGUGUCACAACCGUCCUCGACCACUGCCACGUUAUCAAUUCGCCCGCGCAUGCCGACGCCGCUGUGUUGGGUCUGAAAGAUGCAGGCAUCCGCGGAACAUUCUGCUACGGGUUUUAUCAGAAUCCACCUAUUCCAGGGGAUCUGGCGAGCACUGAAAAUGAUACGUUCACUCCCGCGGCGCGAUUGGAGGAUGCGACGCGUGUGCGACGAGAGCACUUUGCGGAUAACGACAUUGACAGCUCCCUUAUCACGUUCGGUGUCGCACUCAACGAGCCCCCGCUCCAGUUGCGCGAGAACAACGUCGCGGAGCUCGACGCAUCCAGGAAGCUAGGAGCUCGACUCAUCACUGUUCACACCUCGGUCAUGCCCGGUGUCGUCGCGAAAGGAGAAGUGAUCCAGAAUUUCUCAACUGCAGGCCGAAUGGGACCGGAUCUUGUCUUCAGCCACGGCGCAUACAUGACACAAGAUGAAAUGGCCGCACUGAAGAAAUCCGGUGCGGGCGUUGUCAGCACGCCGGAUACAGAGCUCCAAAUGGGAAUGGGAUACCCCAUUGCCUUCCACGCAAUGGACCACGGCUGUCGCGCGUGUCUGGGGCUCGAUAUUACCUCGAACCAAGGAAAUGACUUUAUUGCGCAGAUGCGGUUGGCAUUGCAGGUUCAGCGGGCGCGGGAGCUUGAUCGGCGCGUUGAUCAGCUCCUACCCCGCAAAACGGCGGACGCGUUGCGACUGGCGACGAUUGGUGGAGCGGAAGUCAUGCAGAUGGAGUCGGUUAUCGGGUCGAUCAGUCCAGGGAAAAAAGCGGACUUGAUCAUCUUCCGCUGUGAUGAUAUUGAUACCGUGCCUGUUGUGGAUCCCGUUGGGACAGUCGUCUUCCAUGCGUCGCCGAAGAAUAUCAAUACUGUUAUUGUCAAUGGGAAGAUUGUGAAGCGGGAUGGACGGCUUGUUGGCGUGGACUGGGAGGCGUUACGCGAGGAAAUGAAAACUAGAUCCCAGCGACUUCAAGAUGAUGCGGCCAAAGUCGAUAUGUCGAAUGCGGAGGCGCUUUUCAGGGCCGGAUUUGAGAAGGGGAUGGAUGGGGCAGCUGAGGUUACUAUAUGA